AUGCCGCGUUUCUGGCGUUUGUACGUGUACUACGUAGAAAUUAUCACAGCAACGGCCGCCGUGGACACGAAUUUGUUGACAAGUCCUGCGAAAGUCCCGUCAGGGGCCUGGGGCAACGACCAGCGGCUAAAGUCACCGACAGACGGCUCUCCAUCCAAUGGUGUGUCGAUGGAAAAACGACCCAACGCAUGCCUCGUAACGUUGUGCCACCCAUCGAGGUCCCGAGACGAUCCCCGCACAUUCACGAUGCGGCCACGACUGUCACUAUUUCUGACGGCGAGGUGGAAAGGCAAGCCGCCGUCUGACAAUUCCAUGUCCACGAGGUACCAGCCGCCGUUGGCUUGUUCAAAUGCUCAAUCGACCCUCAGCAGGUGCUGGAGCAUUGAUGGACCCGCGAACGGGUGCAUUAAAAUGGGCAUCAUCGCGGCAGUGGGGGGGGGUUCCCCUCGAAGCCACUCGGCGUACUCCAUUGCGUUCUUGCAAACAACGUAG